GUAACUUUCGUGCCGCUCGGGUUGUUUUUGUGCGUCGUCCGUCGCCCAGUUGCUCAGUUGCUCAUUCGCCCCGUUCGCCGCUCGUUCGAUCGCUCUCGCUACUCGCCGCGUUCGCCGAUAAGCAAAAAGCCAAUAACAACAAUCAAUUCGCCGUCGCCAAAGCAAACAAACAAAAAUCAAAAUUCAAAACAAAAAGCUACAGCUAUAGCUGAAGCUAUAGAAAAACCACAAGUCGGAGAGAAAUACUAAGUAGCAAGGGAUAUAUUCAGCGGAGAUCUCUCGGAUAUAUCCAAGUGCCAGUGACGAGUAUCUGUUUUUUUACCGUGUUGCCAGUGCCAAACAAUAAACAUCGCAUAAAAACAAACAUCUCUGGAAUACAAUAUAUAUAUGGCAUAUAUUAUAUACACCCAUGCCAUAACCAUAUAGUAGCUGGAUCUGAAAACAAGUCGCCAUUGGAAUACAGCACACCGUUUUGCUUCUAGUUUUCUUUGUGUUUUUUUUUCGAUCCGAUUGGAAGCAGCCCUGUGAGCGGACCAAGCAGCGAUCAUUGAUUAUCAGAGCGAACUGGUGGACCGAUCCAGCCAUAUAGACACGGAUUAUAGGAGCCUGAGGCCAGUGGAGACACACAGCUUCAACGUGGCGCUGCACUCGACCGAGGCCUUGAUGGCGGCGGGCUUCCUGAAGUCGGGCGACCUGGGCCCUCAUCCGCACAGCUACGGGGGUCCGCAUCCGCACCACUCGGUGCCCCACGGACCCCUUCCGCCGGGCAUGCCCAUGCCCUCGCUGGGGCCCUUCGGCCUCCCACACGGACUUGAGGCCGUCGGGUUCUCCCAAGGUAUGUGGGGCGUCAACACACGAAAACAGCGUCGCGAACGCACCACAUUUACACGCGCCCAAUUGGACGUUUUGGAAGCCCUGUUUGGCAAGACCCGUUACCCGGACAUUUUCAUGCGCGAAGAAGUGGCCCUCAAGAUCAAUCUGCCCGAAUCCAGAGUACAGGUGUGGUUCAAGAACCGCCGCGCCAAGUGCCGCCAGCAGUUGCAGCAGCAGCAGCAGUCGAACAGCCUGAGCAGCUCGAAGAACGCCAGCGGCGGCAGCGGCGGCGGCAGUUGCAGCAGCUCGUCGGCCAGCCGCAACAACAGCAACAGCGGCAACAACAACAACGGCAGCAGUAGCGGCCACAGCCACAACAACUCGCAGAGCUCCGGCGGCAGCAACAAGUCCAGCCAGAAGCAGGGCAACUCCCACUCCCACUCGCAGUCGAGCGGCGGCAACUCCUCCGGCGGCGGCAACAGCAACAACAACUCGGCAGCGGCAGCGGCAAGUGCAGCGGCCGCGGUGGCAGCCGCCCAAUCGAUCAAGACGCACCACAGUUCCUUUUUGAGCGCCGCCGCAGCGGCAGCCGUGGCCUCGGGCGGUACAAAUCAGUCGGGGAACAACAACAACAGCAACAACAACAAUGGCAACAACAGCCAAGGGGGCGGCAACUCAACGCCCAACAGCAGCAGCAGCGGCGGCGGCAGCCAAGCGGGCGGCCACCUAUCCGCGGCGGCAGCAGCGGCGGCCCUCAACGUGACCGCCGCCCACCAGAACUCCUCGCCACUUCUGCCCACGCCGGCCACGUCGGUGAGUCCGGUGAGCAUCGUCUGCAAAAAGGAGCACUUGUCCGGCGGCUAUGUUGGCGGCGGCGGCGGCAACGGGGGUGGCGCCUCCUCCAGCGGCCUCAACCUGGGCGUGGGCGUGGGCGUCGGCGUGGGCGUGGGCGUCUCGCAGGAUCUCCUUCGAUCCCCCUACGAUCAGCUCAAGGACGCCGGCGGCGACAUUGGCGCCGGGGUGCACCACCAUCACAGCAUCUAUGGCUCGGCGGCUGGGAGCAAUCCCCGUCUGCUGCAGCCGGGCGGCAAUAUCACACCGAUGGACAGCAGCAGCAGCAUCACCACCCCAUCGCCGCCCAUCACCCCCAUGUCGCCGCAGUCGGCGGCCGCUGCGGCCCACGCCGCCCAGUCGGCCCAGUCCGCCCACCACUCCGCCGCCCACUCGGCGGCCUACAUGUCCAACCACGACUCCUACAACUUCUGGCACAACCAGUACCAGCAGUACCCCAACAACUACGCCCAGGCGCCCAGCUACUACUCGCAAAUGGAGUACUUCAGCAAUCAGAACCAGGUCAACUACAACAUGGGCCACUCCGGCUACACGGCCUCCAACUUCGGCCUGUCGCCGUCCCCGUCCUUCACGGGCACCGUUUCGGCGCAGGCCUUCUCCCAGAACAGCCUGGACUACAUGUCGCCGCAGGAUAAGUACGCGAAUAUGGUGUAGAACCUACUCUUCCAGUACUGCAGCGGCAACUCGGGGGGCAAUGGGAGUGGUUCGGGAUCGGGAUCGGGAUCGGGAUCGGGUUCGGGUUC